UGCCAAAAUAACUUGCUGUAACACUUUGUCUGUUGAUUCUAAACGUCUAGAUCGUUCAGACGAUACAGAGAAAAAUCCUUUGAAAUCAUGUUUCAAAUAACUAAUGUUGCAUCAAGCAGAAUGAACGGUACAUUGAUUGAAUAUUAAUAAACUUGAGUAUGAUAGCCCAUCAGAACAGUGAGCAAGGGAAACUAAACUCCCCGUUAAGUAUUGCUAAAUCAUGUCUUCUUAAUUGGCGUAUUUGAUGAAAAACAUUAACUUGUAUAAGGAAAAACACUUUUCAUCGUUUCUGAAUGAAAUUUGACGCAGGAAUUUAACGUUCACCUUUCCGAGGAAGUUUUAGAGCUAAAAGUGUUUUUUACCUCACCUUACGGCUAGUUUCGUUUGAAAGAAGCAUUUUGAUGCAAAACUGUGGACACUAAAGUUGUUCAGAAUCGAAUUGUGCAGUCCCUCACGAGAGGUUUUUUCAAAAUUGUCCUUUUGACUUUUAAUUUGAGAAAUACGAAACUUUUAAAACUUCGGUUUUUGGCAAUUUAUGUUAGUUUUGAAUGAAUUACCAAUAAAAGAGCGAUUUAUGUUAAAAAACAUCGUGUUACCACUAAUUUGGCCAACUGGUAAACUUCCCACAACUAAACAAAUUCAAGCAUCAGCUCGAAUUCUGAUAACUGAAUUAAUGGAGCUCGAGCUAGGAUGUGAAUAUUAUAUAGCGGAAUUAGGGCAGACAACAAAAUUAUACUUAUACACAAUAGCCUCUUGUAAUGACAAACCAUUCCAAUGCGAAAUGGAAAAUCCUAUAUGGCUGAAUAUGGCUGUGAUUAUUCGCCAGAAAAUAUUAAAACGUCAACCACCAUUACGUGUCUAUCCAUACGAACAGACACCUAUUUUACGUACCAAUCAAACACAUGCUGAAAUUCUCGCUGAAAUAAGAAAAGAGCAUUUGACCGAUGAAAAAGGACAUUUAGGUAAAGUAGAGUUGUAA